UGCGCAUGCGCAGAGCCGCGGCGCUCUCAUCACAGGCUGGAGGCUGGAGUGAGCAUCUUCGUCCACAAGGAGGGGAGAAAAGGGUUUGUUUUAUUUAUUUUCAUCACUCUCUCCUUUUUGUUGCUCCUCGCCGUCGCUGCCGCGGUGUAAAGACACCAGCACGGAGGGAGCAGACGCCAUAAGAUGAAGAAACGAUAUGUGGACGGGAACAGGCUUCGGAAGAUGAAAAAAAUGAAAAUCACGGAGAAGCUGUCUGAGAGUGCGUACACCUUCCUGAAGUUUAUGGCGAUGUGGACGCUGGUGCUGCUGGCAGAUUUCAUCCUCGAAUUCCGACUGGAGUAUUUAUGGCCAUGCUGGCUCUUCUUCGGGAGUGUGUACACCACUUUCCACUGCCACGGGCUGGUGAUCUGUGUUGUUUUUGUUUGCGCUGCCUUCACGCUGGACAUCUUUUGUUUAAUCUUUGUUCCGUUGCACUGGCUUUUUUUUGUGGCGAGCACCUACGUGUUAUUCAAUUAUAUUUGGCACACAGAAAAGGGCAUCUGCAUAUCGUCUGUGUCCCUGUGGAUCCUCCUUGUGUACACAGAGGCUUCGCUUCGACUCAAAGAUCUUAAUACCUCUCAUCCCAACCUCUCUCAUCUUUUUGCUGCACACUGUAUCGGAUAUCCUGUAGUUUAUCUGGGGUUCGAUGCCACCUGCUACUUCACCAACAUUUUUAAGCUGCGCGUGCAGAAAGCUGUCCACAGUGAGAACGACUUUCACGUGCACCUCCUGCAGCACUCGCUGCCGCCGGGCCUGCAGGUUUACUCCAAGACCAGCUCAGACGGCAGUAGCAGCUCUAAAUGGAAGGCCAAGCCCGACUCGGGUCAGUACCAGUGUCAGAACGGCGCCCUGGUGGCCCACGAUGACGUGCACAGCGUGGACUGCCUCCAGAUCCACACCGAGGAGCGAGCAGCCGAGUCGAGAUCGGCCGAUUUGAACCGGCGGCCGGCGUUAUUCGCCAAGCCAGUCGCAGCUGAGCUCAAAGAUCAGCUUCACAGCGGGGAAGGAGGUCCGGAAUCAUCCACAAGCCCAGAAAUACUACCUCAAGAGGAGCAGGGAAGCAAAACCCUGCGGGCGGCGAAAAGUUCCUCACCUAAAGCCCGCAGAUGCAACACAAACACUCCUUCGCCGCCUGCAGGAAGGACUGAGAAGAAAUCGAGGAUGAGCUCGAAAACAAUCAGCCCCAACAGGGACGCGGCAGACAAGACCACCACAGCAGCUCAGAGUCACCACGCUGAGCAGAUGAGCAAGCUGGAGGUGGAGCUGCGGAGGCUGAGGAGCGAGCUGCAGGCGAGCAGGCAGAGCGAACAGGAGCUGCGGAGUCACGUCUGUAACCUGACCAACAGCGAGAGGAGCUUGAGGCCAGAGGUGUCCCUCCUCAGACAGUCCAACAUGCUGCUGCAGAGCAAGAUUCUGUGCUUGACUAAAACCAAGCAGCGGGACAAGCAGACCAGCGUGAUGCUGGAGAAGAAGAGCAGAGCAGAGGCAGAAGCCAGGCUCUCUGCUGAGAGGCAGUUGGCCGAGCUUCAGGCUCAGAAACAGGAGGAGGCGGCGAGUGCGGCACGGAGUCUAACAAGCAGGCAGGAACACUGUGAAACCCAAAUGUUAAGGAAAAGAGUUAAAGAUCUAGAAACAGAGUACAAACAACUACAGCUGGAGUAUCAAGUGAAAGAGAGUCGUGUGGUAGAUCUAGAGAGAGAGAUUGAGGCUUUGGGAAAGUACCGCUGUGUGGAGAAAGAGACAGACAUGUUGCUGUCCACCUUAUCAGCCAUGCAGGAGAAGGCUCAGCAUCUGGAGUACAACCUGAGCGCCGAGACUCGGAUCAAGUUGGACCUUUUCUCAGCUCUGGGAGACGCUCGCAGGCAGCUGGAAAUCGCUCAAGAUAAAGUAAAGAAGCAGGACAGGGAGAUCCGUGAGAUGAAGCAGAAAAUCGCAGAGGUGAUGGCGGUCAGUCCUGGUGUGUCCUACGUGGCUCCACGGCCGCAGGUUCCUCAGUAUCUCACCAAGUUCCUGAACUCGGAGCGCUACAUGCUGAAUCCGAGGGCACUCAUGUACCAGUGUCUGAAGAAAUAAAAGGAUGAUCUGGAGCUUCAAUGCAUCCGCAGCUCUCCUCGUCAGGACCAGAGCUAAACAACGCCAUGAAGACACGAGCAGGAACAGUCCGAGCCUCCACAAGUCCAAUGCCUUCGUCUCUGCACUGUUGGUGCUAACUUGAAAACCAUCUUUAUAGUUCCUGUUUGUAUCAAAACUCCCAAGAGUUUCACUCGGGGGGGCGGGGGGACAAGGUAUUUAAUAUGCAGAGCUGCAUAAGGCGGCGCUUUGAACAUAAUGACACACAACAGCAGAUUCAGAUCUUGUUUGCUUAGACAAGCUGGUCCUCAAUAUUUUUGUCUUGUGUGCAAAAAAUGAAAAUCUGUAUUAGUAAAAUAUUGGAAUUCUUUAAAAAAAAGGGAAAGGAACCACUUUACGUGGUUUAAGUGUUGUUCAAUAACUGGAGCAAUUCAACCCUUUAUUUGAAUUAGUUUUUAUUUCUGCAGCAAUAUUGACAAAAAUAUUCAGAAAAAAAAGAUAAUAAAAAAAAAAUUGCUCACAGUUGGCGGCUAUUUUCUAAUAGUGACGACGAGCUCAGUGGAACCAGAGCAGCUAAACGGAACUUAGCCAUAAUUAAUUUUACUGUUUACAAGCUGCGCCACUCGGGUGUAAACAUCAGAAAUAUUCUCGUUUGAGAUUCUUAACCACGACCGUUUUCGGUGUUUCGUCUUCAAUUCUAUUGUGAAAUGUGUCUCAAUUAUAAAGAGAUGGAAAUCUAUAAGAAUACAGAAUAAUCCGGUAUUCCAAAGGAAGUGAAUUUAAACUUGUUGGUGUUUUUUUUUAAAUAUGAAUUUCCUUAUUGGAUUUAUUAAAAAAAAUGUCCACAGUAAUUUAUACCCAUUUCUGGGAGCAUAAAUGUAACUAUUAAACAUUUUUAAGGCAAGUGUGAAACGAAAUGUUUGUCAGCUUGUCUCGAUUGUAAAUAGAAAAAUAUUUGGAUUGUGCUGAAAUUCAGACAGAACUUGUGGAUUUAUUGAGUUUAUUUAAUUUCCUAUUUUUAUUUUAAUCUAAAAAUAAUCCGUGUUUUGGGAAAGAGACUUGUAUGAGUUGGAAUAUUUCUACAGAACAGAUGUCAGCUUUGUUUGAAGCGUCCUGGCGGCAGUCUUGAGAACUGAUGAGGUGCAGUAACUGGAGCGGAGCGGCUUGAGAACAGGUGAACUGACGUGGCUCACGGAUUUAAUUACUGUGCCUAAAUACAAUACUUUCAAACUGGGAAGUGAAACAUGAAUUUAAUGUGAAACAGUAACGUGUUUGAAGUGCUAUGUACGGUUUUUGUAGUUUUUUUUACACACAAAUGUACAGAAUAGAAAAUCCCCACGCCGCCGAAAACCACUCAAACGAGCCGUGGUCGUUUUGGUAGCUUUUUAUUUAGAGCGUGUUUCUUAAAGUGUUUUAUAUAAAAACUAUUUUUUAGUCUUGCUGUUCUUCUCUUUUACUGCCGUCUUUUUCUACGACAGUUUGUCGGCAUGAAAUGUGUUUUAUUCGACCGCCGUCCGAGCACACGUGGAUUUAUUUAUGUACAUGAAUACACUUGUCCAAGGGCUACCGUUUGAAUUAUUUGUUCAAAAUGUUUUACAAACACUGAUGCUCUGAGGUUAGAGGUCACGCUUCUGAUACACAAGGAUGGGGUUUUGUAUGAAUUAUUUAAUUAAACUAUUGAAUUUUGUCUGA